AUGGGUGCUGUUACCAAGCUUAUGAAAGAAAUUGGGACAUUUAUUCGCUGUGGCCGGGUGGAUAUUCACCGGGACCAGGUGAUCGUGGAAAGAUUUAACCGCACCCUUGCCGAGCGCCUGUUCGGACACCAGUAUGCUGUCGAAAUGCGGCUUUCUAAGGGUCAAAGAUCUUCCGAAUGGGUUGUUUGGCUUCCUGCCGCGGUCUCGGCUUCAAAAACGGCGAAGUCACUCUCCUCACAGGCAAAAAACCUGCACAAGCCAUAAAAAAAGGCCGUUUAUUUCAAGCCUUCGACCUCUUACCACAGACCUGUCUGAAUGAACGUAAAAAAAUUCCCAGUCUUGUUUACGUGCGUUAUCUUUGCCAACGGGGUGAGCUGGAAGGCGGUCGCAAACGUGCAACUGAUCCCAUCUGGAUCACCAUCUACAACAUCGAAAAAUCUGUUACCAAACCAGGUAAACCGGUAUUGUAUUAUGUACAGGAUGGGCCAAAACGAGGCUUCGUUCGUUCAUAG